AUGCUUACGUUUAUAGUCGUUGUGGUUCAGACCUUGGCUGGAAGUGUGGCAGGAAAAGUUGAAGAAACAAAACUUCAUGGUAUAUUUGUUGAAAAAUUCCUCAAUAUCCAUUAUGCCGAAGCACCAAUAGGGAAGUUAAGAUUUAUGAAACCUCGUGCUAAGAAAUCUUGGAAAGGUAAGAGUCUCAUUUUACAUUCUUUUCUUUUUAUUGUCUUUUAAAUCUUAUUACUGUUUAUGGUCAGAAAGGGCCCGGGAGAGUUAUUGCAAAAAAUGUUAUUUGUAUAGGUAAUAGCAUGGUUUCGAAUGCAAUUUGGACAUAACAUGCACGAGUGAGUUUUUCAAAGACCUGAAAAUAGCACGAGUCCGAAGCGCGCUUUUCUUAACUCAAGCAACAUUCCCAAGUGUUUGGAACAGGCUAUCCAAACACGGCAACUAUAGAGUAAUUGUUUUAUAAAAUAACAACUUUCCGUGUUAAAAUUUCACUUUAAAAAACUUUCACUUUAAAUUUCCGUGUUUGGAUGGCCUGAUCCAAACACAGGUUUCGACCAAUCAGAGCACGCGUUAUAUACAUGUUAUUUUAUAAUUAUUAAUAAUUUACAUAAAAAUGUUCGAGACAAUUGUAGAUUUAACUUACGCGUUUAUAGCGAACAUUCCAUUGGCGAAGUUUUCCUGGCUUUGUUAUAUCACAUUAUACAAUGCUAUAUAACAACUUGAAAAUUCCACUCAACAGUGUAAGUUUUGUUAGUCUUGUUUAAGGUAAAGGCUUUUCCAUUUAAAAAUAAAAAUAAAAGCCAUAUUUUCCACGCGAACUGCGACCGUUAAUUCUUUAACUAAACUGUUUUAAACUGAUUGGUUGAUUUUAUCAUCACAAUGUUUUUCCACCAGUCAGAUCAGUUUUCUACAAUUUGCUACAGGUUUUUGCACUGUGAUUACAGAAAAUUGCACUGCUGUUUGGGAUUAACUACACUGAAAUCAACCAAUUGCAGUCGAGUAAUAUUUUUAUGUAUAUUAUUAGCAUGGAAACAGAUGAAUUAAUUCAAAUACCUUUCAAAAUACAAGUAGCUAUAUAUCCACUACUAAAUUGUGUCUUUUCAUUACAUCUUAGUUACUUCUCAAGCACCAAUUGCUUUCUAACGAAAGAUAUCUUGUGUGGCUACAAAUAUGAACGCUUUUCUAUACUAGCUAGUGAUGCUGAUUCUCUUGGAAAUUAGAUUGCAAAAAUUUCUACUCUAUAGGGAGAAACCAGGCCUAGGCCUCAAACAAGUCUGUAAAAUAUGAAAGUAAGUGUUUUGAAUGAAAAUACAUUUUCUAAGAUUACAGUUAAAGGGGCACUGUCAUCAAAAUUUUUAUUUUCUUAAUUAGACGAAAAUUUUCUUAAAACUGUAUAAUAACUUGUUUUGAAGAUUUUUGUUCCCAUGUUUAUUUCUUGAGAUAUUUCAUUUUCUUUGUAGCCAUGUGACGUCAUUUACUCAAUUACAUAUAUAAUGAGGUAUCAGUAAUUGUUGAGUAUCUUUGCUAUUUUUGAUGGAUUGAUUUAAUUUAAAAAAAACAGUAUUCUUAAUGAUGUAGGUUAAACUAACAAACGCGCCGCAUCUUUCGAAAGAUUUUGUUGAAAAUAGCAAAGAUACACAACAAUUACUGAUAUCUCAUUAUACUAGUAUGUAAUUGAGUAAAUGACGUCACAUGGUUGCAAACAAAAUAAAGUAUCUCAAGAACUAAGCAUUGGAACAAAAAUCUUCAAAACAAUUUAUUAUACAGUUUUAAGAGCAUUUUCGUUUAAGAAAAUAAAAAUUUUGAUGACAGUGCCUCUUUAAUUUCUGACCAUGAUAUGUUUCUGCUUUGGUUUUUGAGGACGUUUGAAAAAGCCAGACGAUACGCCAAUCGCGUGCCCUCAGGGAAUUAAAGUUCCUUACAUAAUGAAAGAAGAUUGUCUCAUACUGAAUAUCUGGACACCACAUCCAAGACCCAAAUCUGCUGCUGUCAUGGUAGGACACUAUUUGUUUUAUAAAUUGGCAGCUAUUCAUUUUCCUCCUUUUUUAUAUGCUUUGAAUAAAGUGGAAAAUAUAUAUAUCUUCGGCAGGAGCAUCUUUUAAUUUCUGAGCAAUGAUGCCAUAUACAACCUUAUAUGCAUAGGUAGCUAUGUGGCUACUUUAUACUUUAUAGUACUCUUAGAGGAGACACUAAACCGGAGUGUCGAAGUCGAACCGUGGUAUCUCACACGAGAAGGUCAUUUCUGAAUUACUGCAAAUUUAUUAUUUUUCUGCUUCUAGUUUAGCAUGAAGAUCCAAUUUAGUGUUAUUACUCUAGGUAACUCUUCCGUAAUUUGGAAAUGACUUUAGUUAUUACAAAUACGCUGGCUCGCGGAUGUAAUGUAUUCAGAAAUUCGCUAACACGCAAUGGAGAGGUUAAGCUGGGGACGAUUUUGACAUGACCUGCGCCAACCGGAAGUCAAUCAAGCCGUUAUAGAUGGCAUCAGCAUUUUUUGCUUGAAAUCAAGAACGGAAGUCAAUGCACUUCCAUGUUCGUGAUUUUCAAUAAGAAUGGCUGUCGCCCUCACUUGCCGUUUAUAUCUGCUCGAUUGACUUCCACCUGGAGUAGGUGUUGUUGUUAAAAAUGUCGCUUUCUCAUUUUUAGGCUAUAUAUUACAUUUAGUUUCCGUAGAUUCUAUGCUAAUUCUAUUCGUAAUCCUAUGCUAAUGCCAUUUUAGUUUCAAUUUACUUCUCUUUCUUCAAUUUUGAAUUUUAAUUUUUAGAUCUAUAUUCACGAAGGUGGAUACACGAGAGGAACAGCAGGAAGCUUUGAUGGACAUUCAUUUGUUGCAGCGGCUGGUGGUGAUGUCAUUCUUGUUACAAUAAACUACAGAUUAUUUGAUCUAGGAUUUUUGGUAACUCGAGAUGAAAGCGUCAGAGGUAACAUUUCUCAAACAACACACAUUAUUUUCAACAAUAUAUUCUGAAUUCUUGUUAAACCCCAGAAUUAAGAAAACUAAGCAAUGUUUGUUAAAUGUCCCUCGGUAGGUUUGAAAUAUUUAUAACACUUUUUAACUUUUAACAUUCGGUAAUCACUAACUUUGAGAUAAAAAGCUCCAUUAAACUGUGCUAUAACUGUGGAAUGGUUCAAUUGAUGAAAUGAAAUAUUAAGUACUUUUUAUAAUUCCAGGUCAAGUUAAAUCAUUAAAAUGUGUUGGCAUUUCCGCACUAUGUAAUUGGAAACUGACUGUUUAUUUUUGUCUUGGCAGGAAAUUUAGCAUUGUUUGAUCAAAGGUUAGCCUUCAAAUGGGUACAGAAGAACAUUGAGCGAUUUGGUGGUAAUCCUCAAAAGGUGACUAUAUUUGGCGAAAGUGCUGGAUCAGGUUCCGCUUCUUGUCAUUUUUUCUCUGAGGAAAGUUGGCCUUACUUUCAAAGAAGUAUUUUACAAAGUGGAAGCAUCACCUUUCCAAUAGGGCUCGUCGAUCUGCAUGACACUGCGAAGAAUAUGUCGGAGAAAUUUCUUGGAGAAGUAAAAUGCAAGAAUGAUAAAAAAGUUUUCGAAUGUCUUCAAAAUCUUACCACCGAUGAGAUAAUGGAACAUUACCGAACUACUGAAUACUCUAUGACUAAAAACUUCUUGUUACCAGUUAUCGAUGGGGAUUUCUUGAAAAAAUUACCUGCAAAAAUGCUCAAAGAAGGAAAACAUAAACACAUUGAUUUAAUGCUUGGCGUUUGUGAACACGAGGCAUUCCUUUGGCAUUUUUCUAACUUGCAUAAGAACCAAACAACUGAAUUUUACAUUAAUUAUUUCAAGCAAGUUCUUCAGUUAGAAGUUGGAAAUCUCUCUGAAAGGGUGCAUGAAAAAGCUUUAGAGCUAUACGAACCAGAGUGUUAUCCGAAUUUCGUUGAAGCAUUAAGACCAACGAUUGAAUUGCAAACUGAUAAGUACUGGGGCUGUCAGACAACUCAACUAGCAAGAACAUGGUCUACUCAAUCGAUAGGUAAAAAUGUCUAUGUUUUCAGAUUCUCGUAUACUCCUCCUCUGGAUAUGCUGGUUUAUUAUCCUCAAGGUACUUCUGGAUUUGCUGCUCAUGCUUCGGAUCUCGUGGUAAGUGAAGAAAAUUAUAAAUUUUCUAAGCUAUCUGAACAUGAUAUGCACCUUGAAAUAGCAGACAUGCAUGAUAUAGAAAUUUAUUUUCUUUUAGUGCGAAUUAAAAUAUUUUUCUGACGUCGUUUUAGGGUACUUUUGGCUUCCCCAUCAACAAUACAAAGUUUUCUGAAGAAGACAUGGUUAUGUCAUCUCGAAUGAUUACGUACUGGACGAACUUUGCCAAAAAUGGGUGAGUACCUUGAUUCAGAUAUUGAGUUUGAUAUCUAUUUUUGUUAUUGACUUCUUUUUCUCGAAUAUAUAAUGGAUUUAGGGUUUGAGUCCAGUUUUCAGUUCCAUAUUUUUUUCAGAAAGUCUGGUUCAAUGUGUUGAGCAUUUAAGACUGUAUCCGGAUUGUUACAUCUUGCCUUAUGCACUGUUAAACUACUGUUCUUUGACCGAGUCUAACUAACUGUUCUUUGACAGACGCAAACUUAUAAUCAGACAUAUUCGUAUUGUUGAAAAUAGUCUCAGAGAUGCAGGGAAAAUACGUGCUCUUGCCAGAAUAAUUCACCAGCAUCCAUUAAACGAUUUGGUGAUUGGCUGCAAGAGUGUAUUCUUAUUCUACACCAACUUCGCCUAACUUUGAAUUUGUUAUUGAUUCUUGUUUAAGUGAUCCAAAUGUUGGGAUUACAAACAUCACCUACAACAAAGAGGAGUUUCAAAGGUUACCUGAUUGGCCCAAGUUUACUGACUCAAAUGAGAGCUAUUUGGAGUUCAAGGAACUUUACGAAGUGGGAACCGGUGAAAAUUUACGUCAAAAGUACUGUGAUUUUUGGAAUGAUCCAGAGGAAUUUACGCGCCUAAAUCCUGUACAUGUUGUUUCCGGCUCGGACAAAGUCUCGUUGGCUAUCGGUAUAUCGUUAACAGUUACAACUGUAGUUGUUAUCAUUCUUUAUACUUAG